UUCGUCAAGUAAUGAAGAGCUGUCGGACAUGUAUAAGACUGCAAGUGUGUACCUCUAUCCAUUCUUUCUAGAAUUUACUUUGACGUCAUCAGCCAUGUUAGUAGAAUUUUGGAGAUCAGCAAAGGAAAGCCAUGAGAAUCUCAACCACUCUACCGAUUCGCAUAAGGAUUCUAACGAUUCUAACAAAAGAAAGUUGAAACUAUCUUUUGCAAUAUCCGUUGGACUGAUCAUCAUAGGAUGUUACGGUUUCGUCAUCUUUUUAUUACAUUUCCUUUCUACUAACAAUUACUCGGCUCAGAUAUUUCAGUACUUUAACAUUUGUGUAGGUACAUUCUCAACUAUUGUUUGCUUGAUUGGUAUUGGAGGUUUGAUUUCCUCAAACAAUACAAAAAACUCGACCUUUGGCUUUGAUGAAGUUUUACUAAUUGUUUCAAUGUUUGGAGUAUUUGGAUUAAGCAUCUCUAGCUUUUCUUCUGCUGUCUACUUCUUGCAAGACCAAAACGAUUCCUAUGCACCGAUUAAGCUGACAACAUCAGUAAUAUGGGUGAUACAGGCAGUAUGCCAGUCUUGUUUUAUCGCAAUGGCUCUUCAUCGAGAACCCAAAGAAGUAAAGAAAUGUGGUCGCAUUUUCAACGUUGGUUAUAUGGCUAUCAUUUUGCUAUUUCUCAAUUUUGGAAUGUGCCUGUUGGAUACGAUUGAUCUAGAAGGACACUAUCGCAGUUUGUACAGUGAAUCUUCACUGAAAAAGCUGAACCAACUGGAAAACAAUCUUUUUGGUCAAACAACCUGGACUUGGAUCAUGCUCGUUUUCUAUCCACUUGCUAUAUUCUUCAGGAUUCAUUCGGUAUCAACACUGUAUCACGUGUUCAAGCAUCACAAGUACCUACCAAUGGAACCUAAACCAGCACGUGGAACUGUAUAAUCAACUGAAACUACUCAACUACCUGAAACAAGCCUGAAAUCACUUGAACCUACACAACCAGUCAAAACUACAAAGAACCCAAGUUAGUGAACUAAUUUAUAGUUAGGCAAUAGAAUGAUUAUUGUAAUGUCUAGCAUGGUAUGUACAACAGCUUCACAAACCGCCAACAAUUAGCACAGACACUUGCUGGUGUAUUUAGUAUAGGGCACCGUUAUCUAGCAUGGUUAUGUAUC